UCAUGCUCUCAAAAACAAUAUUAUUCCUACAACCUAUGAGAAUGUUGUUUACUACUACUACUACUACGCUACUUCCCCCCUUUCUUUACCUUUUCGUUUUUGUUUGCUUGUCUUCUUCUGCUUUCACACAAAGAGUUGCAGCCAAAAACAACAUGAUAAGGUGUAUUGAGAGGGAGAGGCUUGCUCUUCUGGAUUUCAAACAAGGCCUUGUGGAUGACUAUGGCCUUCUCUCUUCUUGGGGAAGUGAUGAAUGUUGCAAUUGGUGGGGUGUUCACUGCAACAACAGCACUGGUCAUGUAACCAAGCUUGAUCUUCAUGCCCACUUAGAUGAUUAUGGUGAUCCAGUUGAACAACUGAGCGCCCACAAGGUUAGCCCAUCUCUACUUGCCCUGAAGCAUUUGAAUUAUCUGGACCUCAGUUACAAUGAUUUUCAAGGGAAUCGUUUCCCCGAAUUCAUUGGUUCCUUUAAGAGAUUACGUGUCCUGAGAAUUAUGAAUACCAGGUUCGCUGGUACAAUUCCUCCACAGCUUGGGAACCUUACUAAUCUUCGAGUUCUAAAUAUUUAUGAAGAUUAUUUUAAUUUGAAUUUGAAGAUAAAAAAUCUUGAGUGGCUCUCUCUUCUUUCUUCUCUGAGAUCCUUUUAUCUCACUGGUGUUGACAUUGAUUUAAUUGAGUCAUCAAAAUCCAGUGUCACCCUCCCUCCUUUCCUUGAGGAAUUACGGUUGUCAUUAUGCAAACUCCAUGGAUCUUUGCCAUUCUCACUUAAUUCUUCUUCUCCAUUUCUCUCCGUCGAUUUUUCUUACAACUAUAUGAGUACUUCUUCGGUAUUCCACUUGCUGCGCAAUGCAAGCAAAAAACUCACUAGCAUCGACCUGUCAGGAAAUUACUUUGCAGAUACCAUUCCUGAUCAUGCAUUUGGAGACAUGGAAUUUCUUAAGAGCCUUUAUCUGGAUUCUAUUAUCACGGAUCGAAUUCCAAAAUCUUUUUGGAAUUUAACUCAUCUACGAAUUUUAUCUAUGUGUGAUAAUCAAUUAAAUGAAUCAAUUGCUGAACUUUUCCCAAAGUUGCUCAAGGAUGCAGGGAAAUCUCUACAAAUCUUAGACUUAUCUGGGAGUAAAUUCACUGGUGAACUCCCUGCAGAUAUCAACACCAGAUUUACAUCUUUGAGAGAAUUGCGCGCAACAAAUAAUCAGCUAAAUGGAUCAAACUUCCGAUUACCUUCAAGUCUGGAAUAUUUAGAUUUGUCCAACAACAAAAUUAUAGGACAAAUUCCUGAUCUAUCACAUGCUUUGUCCUUAAAAGUGCUAGAUCUCUCUACAAAUCAAAUUACAGGACAAAUUCCUGAUAUAUCACAUGCUUUGUCCUUAAGAGAGUUAUAUCUCUCUAGAAAUCAAAUUACAGGACAAAUUCCCUGCCUAUCACAUGUCUUGUUUUUAAGAGUGCUAGAUCUCUCUCACAAUCAAAUUACAGGACAAAUUCCUGAUAUAUCACAUAUUUUGUCUUUAAGAGAGUUACAUCUCCAUGUAAAUCAAAUUACAGGACAAAUUCCCAAUCUAUCACAUGCUUUGUCCUUAAGAGUGUUAGAUCUUUCUGAAAAUCAAUUACAAGGGGACUUACCAGAAACUAUAGGCAAGCUAUCAAAGCUUAAUAGGUUGUAUGCCUCAUCAAACUCAUUGGAAGGAGUUGUAACUGAAGCCCACUUUUCAAACCUUACCGAACUUCAAGAGUUGGAUUUGUCCUUUAAUGUAGCCUUGUCUUUCAACAUGAGUAGUAAUUGGGUUCCUCCUAUUCAACUUUCCCUCUUAUUAUUAGCAAACUGUAAAAUAGGACCUCAAUUUCCAAAAUGGCUGCACACUCAGAAUAAUAUAGUUGAUCUUGAUAUUUCUUCAAGUGAUAUUUUUGAUAUAAUACCCAAUUGGUUUUGGAACUUCUCCCAGGGUUACAAGUACUUGAAUUUGUCAUACAAUAAGAUUGGUGGGGGAUUGCCUUAUUUACUAAAUGAGUCCCAUUCUUUUAAAGUUGUUGAUUUGAGUUCUAAUAAUUUUUGGGGCCCAAUAUCCAUAAAUCCCAAAGAUAUUUCUAUACUUCAUUUGUCAAAUAAUAAGUUUGUUGGGUCAAUUUAUUUCUUGUGUUCAUUUAUUCAAUCUCUUACUACUUCUAUUGACCUUUCAUAUAAUCAACUCUCUGGGGAGAUUCCUGAUUGUUGGAAUAAUAGUGCUUUUGAUUUAGUUGUUCUUAACCUUGCAAAUAAUAAUUUUUCUGGGAAGGUUCCACACUCUUUAGGCUCUCUAUAUUUUCUUCAAUCGUUGCACUUGCGAAAUAACAAAUUUAGUGGGGAAUUACCUUCCUCAUUGCAAAAUUGCACAUCACUGAGGGUUAUGGAUUUUGGUGGAAAUGAGUUUGUGGGUAAAAUUCCACCAUGGAUUGGAGAAUCUUUGACAAAUUUGCUUAUUGUUAGUCUUCGGCAUAACAAGUUUUAUGGGAAAGUGCCUUCAAGUAUUUGUCAUCUUCAUAGCAUCCAGAUCUUGGAUCUUUCUGAAAACAUACUGACUGGGGAAAUUCCACAUUGCUUCUACAAUUUCACUUUUAUGAUGAAAAAUAGUAGAUCAAUUGGAAAUGCUAUAAGAUAUCUUAAUAAUACCUCAGGUGGAAGACUUAAUUCCUAUAUAGACAAUAUUUUGAUUCAGUGGAAAAAUCAAGAUAGAGAAUAUAGAAAGCAAUUGGGACUCUUAAAAAGUAUUGACCUUUCAAGCAAUCAAUUGAUUGGACAUAUUCCUAGGGAACUUUCUUCUCUCAAAGGAUUAAUUUCCUUGAACCUUUCAAAAAAUCAUUUGAUUGGAAAAAUAUUUUCAACAAUCUAUCAGAUGGAAAAUUUGGAAGUCCUUGAUCUGUCUAGGAAUCAAUUAUCCGGUGAAAUUCCAAUAGGUCUUGCUCGUCUGAAUUAUCUUGAUGUUCUUGACUUGUCGAACAACUUUUUAUCCGGCAAAAUCCCAUCUGGCACUCAGUUGCAAAGUUUCAAUGCUUCUUCCUAUGCCGAAAAUAUUGGAUUGUGUGGGGACCCACUUUCCAAAUGCUCUGCAUAUAUUCCUCCACAAAACAAAAACAAUGACUUUCAAGAAGGUGAUAAUUUUCUGGAUCGAGGGUUUUAUAUAUCCAUGGUGUUAGGGUUCUCUCUCUGCUUUUGGGGAAUUGUAGUCACUUUGAUGCUCAAAGACUCUUGGAGAAUUGCAUACUAUGAGUUCUUGAAUGAUGUCAAAGAUUGGCUAUAUGUGAGAAUGAAGAUCUAUUUGGUCAGGACGCAAAGAAAGCUUAGGCGCAUAUGAUGAUUUGAUGAAGCAAUAAAAGAUUGAUUAUGUGCAAAUUGGGAAUGAAGAAUUUGUAUGGAGCACUCAUUCUGUUUGAAGAUGUCUGUUUCUUGCAUUUGAUUUAGAGGAACUCACAAAAGUUUGUAUUUAUAUUUUCAAUAAAUCCUAUUUAUGUUACUAAAAUACUAUCUAUUUUUCGCAUUCUCAUAGAAUAUAUAUUUUAUCAUCAUCUUUAACUUUC